AUGACAGCUCAGCGGCGGCGGCGAGCCGCAGCAGCGGCUCUCUUAGCAACAUUUUUUGCUGCUAGCUGCAGCAGCAUUUUCUGUGUAUGUUUCUCCUUCGGUGAGGUUUUCUCGGGUGUACAGACAGCAGCAGCAGAGCCAGCUAGCAGUGCUGCUUCCUCCCCUGCAGCAGCAGCAGCAGGCGCAGCAGGAGCAGCAGCAGCAGCAGGAGAUGUUGCUGCUGCUGCUCUUUUUGAUGGGGGCUUCUUUGGGGGCCCUGCUGCAUCCACAAAGACAAACACAGCAGCUGCAGAUACACCUGAGAAGACGUUUGCUGCUAGGGUUGCGCGGCUGCUGCAGCAGUCGGUGACCUCAGCAACGAGCAGCAUAAACGAUGCAGCAGCAGCAACAGAAGAAGCAGCAGCAACAGCAGCAACAGCAACAGAAGAUACAGCCAGCAGCACAGGCGAAGGUAUACAGCAUGCUACAGCAACGAGCAGCAUAAACGAUGCAGCAGCAGCAACAGAAGAAGCAGCAGCAACAGCAGCAACAGCAGCAGAAGAUACAGCCAGCAGCACAGGCGAAGGUAUACAGCAUGCUGUGGAGGAGGGCCCCUGGGGUUGGUUGCAGGGUGAGGGCCCCAUGCAUGCAGCAGCAGCAGCAAGAGAAGCAACAGAAGCAGCAGCAGAAGCAGCAGCAGAAGCAGCAGCAGGUGCUGCUAAAGAGGCGCAGCACGGAUUGUAUACGCUGGGGGCCAUGCUGCAGCAGGUGGCCCCGGGAGCAGCAGAUGCAGCAAUGCAUGCAGCGCAGCAGACAACAGCAGCAGCAGCAGCAGCAGCAGGAGCAGCAGCAAGAGAUCUAUCAAAUAAAGCAAAAGAUGCAAAGCAUGCGUUCUCCUCUUGGGCUUCGGAGCUGCAGCAAUCCAUGAGCAGCAGCACGAGCGAUACGCUGCAGUCUGCUGCUGCAGCAGCAGAGAAGACAGCAGCAGCAGCAGAAGUGGCUCGACGUGCUGCAGCAGAAGCAGCAGAAAAAGCAGCAGCAGCAGCAAAGCAUGCAAAAGAAAUUAUAUCUAUCUUUGGGAGAAGGAUUGAGACAGAGUCAGCAGCAGCAGCAGAGACAGCAGCAGCAGCAGCAGAAACAGCAGCAGCAGCAGCAGCAACAGUAGCAGGAGAAACAGCAAAAAAAACAGAAGAAGCUGUACAUACACUCGAAGCUGCUGCAGCAGAUGCACAAGCAGCACUAAGCUCAUGGGGCUCUCUAUUAAGCAGCUGGAUGCAUGCAGGCAACAAAAACAUAAAAGACACAGCAGCAGCAGCAACAGCAGCAGCAAGAAAAGCUAGCGAUAGUCUUGAUGACCUAGCUGACUCAGCAGCAACAGCAGCAGAUACACUCGAAGCAGCAGCAGAAGCUGUUGCAGCAGAAACAGAAAAAAACACACACAAAGCAGAUGCUAUCCUACAGAUACUAUCCACGCAUGCAACCAAGCCCCUGCUUGCUGCUGCUGUAUGGCCUUGGGCGCAGCAGCAGCAGCAGCAGGAGCAGCAGCAGGAGCAGCAGCAGCAGCAGCAGCAGCAGGGAGAGGAAUAUGGCCUUGGGCGCAGCAGCAGCAGCAGCAGGAGCAGCAGCAGGAGCAGCAGCAGCAGCAGCAGCAGGGAGAGGAGUCAGCAGCAACAGCAGCAGAUACACUCGAAGCAGCAGCAGAAGCUCGAGCCAGCAGCAGCAGCAGAACCAGCAGCAGCAGAAGAAGCAGCAGCAGCAGCAGCAGCAGCAGCAGCAGACACAGAAAACAAAGAAGCUCUGCCUGCUGUAUACAAAGAGGGGCCCCCCCUAGACUGUGACCCCCAGCAGCAGCAGCAGAACCAGCAGCAGCAGCAGAAGAAGCAGCAGCAGCAGCUGCUGCAGCAGCAGAUGAAGGGGCUGAGCUCGUAUGAAUAUAGCAGCAAAAGAAACUGCUACGCUGCAUGCAAGGCUGAGUGGCUGGAGACGACGAUCCCCGGGUGUAUAGACAGCUCGGGUAAGGUAAAGGGGGGUACUCCUGCUGCAGCAAAGCUUAGAGAAGCAGCAGCAGCAGCAGCAGCAGCAGAAACAACAACAACAACAACAACCACAACCACCACAACAACUGCUGUUGCUGUUGCUGAUGAUGCUGCUGAUGCUGCUGCUGCUGGAUCCUCCUGGGGGGCCUUUAUAAAGCGAUUAGGACGCAAGACAGAAGAAGCAGCAGAGCAGCAGCAGCAGCAGCAGCAGCAGCAGCAGCAGCAGCAGCAGGAGGGGAGUGGUUUUCUCUCUUUCUUUAUGUUCAAUAACAACAACCCCACCACCACAACCACCACAGCUGCACCAGCAGGCCGCAGCUUCUUAGAGUCUCUCUUUGGUGGUUCCCCUUCUGAUGCUGCUGCUGCUGCUGCUCCUGCUGCUGCUGCUGCUGCUGAUGCAGCAGCAGAGAAAGACACUGCAGCAGAAGAGCAACACACAGAAGCAAAAGCAGCAGGAUGGCGGCAAUGGUUUAAGCUGGGGAGCAGCAGCAGCAGCAGCAGCAGCAGCACAGAGACAGGAACUACAGACGAAGCAGCAGCAGCAGAAGCAGCAGCAGCAGGAGAAACUGAAAACAACAGCAGCAGCAGCAGCAACAGCAGCAGCAGCAGCAGCAAGGCUGAGGACGGGGAGCUCUCAGCUAGCGAUGGGUCCAGUGGUCUGGUUCUGGGUAUUGCUGCUGCUGCGCUGCUGCUUGCUGCUGUCUUCGUUGUCUUCGUGCUGCAGCAGCGACGGAGAGGGGGCCUGAGGUCCUCUCCCCUACCAGGCAGCAGCAGCAGCAGCAGCAGCAGCAGCAGCAGCAACCCGCAGCAUGGGGAGAUGCAACGCCCUCUCAUUGCUGCUGAUGCCUGA